CGCACAAGACUCGCCCGCGCACAGGAUUACAUAUAUACGCACACACACCUCUUCAUCCCAUGUUUAUAGGACAUACCGAAGUAAGGGAAUCGACACAGUGGGAGAACAGGAACACGGGUAGGUUAUUCUUGUGGCGGAACACGGGUAGGUUAUUUUUGUACCUGCACCCAGCCGGAGAUGCCAGGACCUUACAGCAUUUUCGGCAUCAUGUAGAACAUGAUGAAGCCCUGCAAGCCCGUGUUGAUAUGGAGGAGUGAAGUGGACGGAGUGACGGAUACUUCCCUGACCGAAUCUUCAAAUGUUAAUGCCGACAAGAUGGAGAAACAGACCUUGGUGACGGCCAUCAGUUUGUCCAUGAGCCUGGCAUCUCUGGCACUUCUCAUCGCCGCUAUCAUGACCGACCACUGGUACGAGACGGACACCACACAGCACAGGCAGAACUGCGACCAGUUCGGGCCGGACGCCAACGACCAGAAGAACCGGCGGAUGCCCAUCUAUCACCUGCCCCUGAUGGACAGCAGCAAUCCUCGGAGGAACCAGGCGCUGCUCCGGGCGAUCCACGUCGGGAGUAGAGAGGAGGAGCUCCUGGAAAACUGGAGGUCCAUUUUGGGAAUGGGAAUUUUAGAAACGGAAUGCGGGCGGCCUCUAUUCUCCACUUACUCUGGACUUUGGAGGAAAUGUUAUUAUCUAGGAAAGGACAGGGACAUCGACAACCUCAUUGCCAAGGGUAUAGCCCAGCGAUGCAUCACCAUCAAGUACCAUUUCUCCCAGCCCAUCCGGCUCCGCAACAUCCCGCUCAACCUGACCCGCACCAUUCAGCAGGAUGAGUGGCACCUCUUACAUCUGCGGCGGAUCACAGCAGGGUUUCUGGGUAUGGCAGCAGCCGUUCUGUUGUGUGGCUGCAUCGUGGCGUCUGUCAGCUUCGCCUGGGAGAAGAGUCUCACUCAGCACGUCUCUGGGCUGCUCUUUCUCAUGGCAGGGAUCUUCUGCACCAUCUCCCUGUGUACCUACGCGGCCAACGUGUCCUACGACCUGGCCAGGGUCCCUCCCUUCAUCUACGGGCUACCCGCUGACGUGGAGCAUGGCUACAGCUGGUCCAGCUUCUGUGCCUGGCUCAGUCUGGGGCUGACAGUGGCGUCUGGAUGCCUGUGCACCACUUUCCCCAUCCUCAGCCAUAGCAACAGCAAAGACCAGCAGGGCAAGGGAAAGGCUGCCCCCAAUGACUGUGUUUGACACACACCUUACUGCGUUUGAUAAACAUUUUGCUGUGUGUUACACCCCACCCACCCACCCACCCACCCACACACACACACACCAAGCCUCAGCAAGGGCCUACAGGCAGUCUAAGAUGUCUGUGUCUACUGUGUUUACUGAGUCUGACAGAAACCUCACAGCAUUUCACACCUCUUACUGCAUCUUUCACAUCAACUCUGAGCUGCAGCAAGGGCCUGCAAACCAACACCCCCAGACACCUGGCUGACUAACCCAUAAACAGCUGCAGCAGGUGCCUGGGACAAUGCUGACUCCUGCAUUUUCAGUCUGAAAACACUGCGGCGUCAACCAUGCUUCCACUAGACCCUGCAUCUAAAUCCAUGGAGCAAAACGUCCUGGAAUUAUGGAACCAUAAUAUAUACAGUGAGCUCCAAAAGUAUUGGGACAGUGACACAUCUGUUGUUUUGGCUCUGUACUCCAGCACUUUGGAUUUGAAAUUAUACAAUGACUAUGAGUCUAAAGUGCAGACUGUAAGCUUUAAUUUGAGGGUAUUUUCAUCCACAUUGGGUUAACAGUUUAGAAAUUACAGCACUUUUUGUACAUAGCAGCCCCCCCAUUUUAGGGGACCAAAAGUAUUGGGACAAAUAUAAGUGUGUAUUCAAGUAGGAAAAGGUUAAGUAUUUGGUCCCGUUUUCAUAGCACGGAAUGACUACAUCAAGCUAGUGACUUUACAACAUUUGACGGAUGCAUUUGCUGUUUGUUUUGGUUGUGUUUCAGAUUAUUUUGUGCCCAAUAGAAAUUAAUGGUAAAUAAUGUAUCGUGUCAUUAUGGGGUGGCUUUUAUUGUAAAUAAGAAGAGAACAUGUUUCUAAACACUUCUACAUUCAUGUGAAUGCUACCAUGAUUACUGAUAAUCCUGAAUGAAUCCUGAAUAUUGAUUUUUAUUUAUUUUUUUUUUAUUUUUUAUUUCACCUUUAUUUAACCAGGUAGGCUAGUUGAGAACAAGUUCUCAUUUGCAACUGCGACCUGGCCAAGAUAAAGCAUAGCAGUGUGAACAGACAACACAGAGUUACACAUGGAGUAAACAAUUAACAAGUCAAUAACACAGUAGAAAAAAAAAAAAAAAAAAAAAAAUGGGAAAAGAAAAGGGGAGUCUAUAUACAAUGUGUGCAAAAGGCAUGAGGAGGUAGGCGAAUAAUACAAUUUUGCAGAUUAACACUGGGGUGAUAAAUGAUCAGAUGGUCAUGUACAGGUAGAGAUAUUGGUGUGCAAAAGAGCAGAAAAGUAAAUAAAUAAAUAAAUAAAAAAACAGUAUAAAAACAGUAUGGGAAUGAGGUAGGUGAAAAUGGGUGGGCUAUUUACCAAUAGACUAUGUACAGCUGCAGCGAUCGGUUAGCUGCUCGGAUAGCUGAUGUUUGAAGUUGGUGAGGGAGAUAAAAGUCUCCAACUUCAGCGAUUUUUGCAGUUCGUUCCAGUCACAGGCAGCAGAGUACUGGAACGAAAGGCGGCCAAAUGAGGUGUUGGCUUUAGGGAUGAUCAGUGAGAUACACCUGCUGGAGCGUGUGCUACGGAUGGGUGUUGCCAUCGUGACCAGUGAACUGAGAUAUGGCGGAGCUUUACCUAGCAUGGACUUGUAGAUGACCUGGAGCCAGUGGGUCUGGCGACGAAUAUGUAGCGAGGGCCAGCCGACUAGAGCAUACAAGUCGCAGUGGUGGGUGGUAUAAGGUGCUUUGGUGACAAAACGGAUGGCACUAUGAUAGACUGCAUCCAGUUUGCUGAGUAGAGUGUUGGAAGCCAUUUUGUAGAUGACAUCGCCGAAAUCGAGGAUCGGUAGGAUAGUCAGUUUUACUAGGGUAAGCUUGGCGGCGUGAGUGAAGGAGGCUUUGUUGCGGAAUAGAAAGCCGACUCUUGAUUUGAUUUUCGAUUGGAGAUGUUUGAUGUGAGUCUGGAAGGAGAG